GCGGAGCUCUCGCCGGAACUUCUUCAAGGAAUUCCGCUACACGCUUGCUUCCAUCGUGGACCCAGCUUGUGGAAUCGCUCAGGCGGAAGUCGUUCCGGUGUUUCACAGACGACCCGCUGCUAUUCCUACUUCCUGAGUCAUGCGUGGGCAGCCUCGUCCUGGUCGAAAUACCUCGCUCUCUUAGUUCAUUUCAAUGGUGUGCCCGCAGCAAUGGCGGCUUUCCUGACGGGGCUGAUCCUGGGAAUGUUGACCUCUCUCGAAGUCAUACAUUUCGCCAGCUGGAUGCCUAUACUCGCACACUUAGUGCCAGCAUCAGUACUGUUCCUUUGGCAGGAUCUCCGGAGAGUAGUUUGCAAAGAGCCCAUGAUCUUCCUGGACUGCGCGUGCAUACCUCAAGGCGAUGACGCCGUGAAGGCAAAAUGUGUCCGGGGACUCUCCUCCUUCCUCGGCCGAUCGGAGAACUUGGUGGUCUUGUGGUCGCCCCAUUUCGUUCGUCGCCUCUGGUGCACGUAUGAAGUGGCCUUCUUCUUGAAACAGAACCAGGCAGAUCAGAUCCUUUUCCUCCCACUGCAAGUGCCAACCUUGUGGUUCCUCAUCUAUCUCGUAGUAUGGAUUACUCGGACGACUUUGUACAUCGCAGAGAUCCUGGAACUCUACGGCGAGUCUAUCGUCGGCUACCUGGGGAUUGUUGGUGGAGUGUUUCUAGCCCAGCAGCUCACAAUUUGGCCAGCUGUCUACUAUGUCCUGACAAACAUGCUGCGGGACAUAGCAGAGCUGCCGAAGCAGCUGCACAACUUCCGAGUUCAGGACGCUGGUUGCUCCUGCUGCACGAAAGGCCACGUUGAUCCAGUAACGCAGGAGCAAAUUCCGUGUGACCGGAAGCUCAUCUAUGAGAUGCUGCAGAGCUGGUUUCAGCCUGUCAAGAGCGCGGAGGAGGCGCUGGACCAGUUCAACAUGCAUGUGCGGGACUGCUUAGCUCCUCAGGUGGAGCGUACAUCGCGGCCGUCUCUGCUGAUCCUGAAGCACGGGGUUGUGGCCACGGCUGUUGCCUGCUUCCCGUAUCUUUCUGCGGACAUCUUCAUGACGGUGGGUCGAGUCAAGAGGCAGACACAAGGUGCUCUUCUUUACCCAGCUGGGCAACUCUACACAUUUCUGGUGAUUCUCGUCGGGGUGCGUAUCAUGGCGCUGAUUGGAUACUUCGGCCUUCGGUACUCCCACCGAUGCUGUCGCGCAGCAGUGCUUGUGGGUCAAGUAGCACUGCAUGCCUCGAUGACGUUCAGUAUGAUGAUGCUCUGGAUCUCUUGGCACCUCGUCGGAGGGGAGCACAGCCACCUCUCGCUCUUCGCGCUUGGCAUCCUCUCCUUCUGCACGGCAUAUGUCUUGUCCCCUUUGUGCAGGGACUUCUUCAAAUCAAACCACACCAACAGCAGGGCUGCUCAGGCUCAUGGGACGCACAAUUUUACUGAAGCAGUGCUCACGCACGCACCAGAUCCGUCAGGGUUACGGCAUUCCCUGGAGAUGGAGUGCAGUCAAAGCCUGAGCCUGGAUAACGACGACUUGAUCCAAGAGCAUGUUUAG